UCUGUCCCUUCCACCCCAUCAGGCGCACUUCGUCGACGACCCCCUCGGGGCACCUUCACAGCGUGACGGAGUUGAAAAUAGACGACGAGGGUUUCCAAACACCCCGAUUCUCACACACCCGAUCCCACCACCCCAGCCGACCCGCGGCCCAUUCGCGACAAUUGACAUGUCAUGGAGAACUCGUCGAUUCCUCUCGCCGACUACUUCUGGAUUGCCGGUAUAGAGACGGUGUCCUAUAACGACCCCCCACCGCCCAAUGCACCCGUCGAAUCCACCAUCGCCGAAGAUGGUGAGCCCGAAGAUGACUACCUGAACCGCUCCCAUUCCAUGGCUUCCGCACGCCACUCGCGCCUUUCUUCCAACCGCCUCUCCAAGAUUUCUAUGACGGAUCGCUUCUCCAUCUCGACCCUCGACGAAGCGGACGGCACCAGCAGCAAUCGCAGCAGCGCGACAAUCCGGCCUUUGAACCCCCCCACGGGCAACGGCUCCAAUGGUGUCUCCGCCAAUGGCGUAAACGGCGCCAACGGCCUGACCGUGCCCGAUCCUCUUAAUCCCUUGGCCGACUUUGACUUUGACAAGGCCCUGGUGAAGUUUGCGGCCGAGCGAGAGGUCUUCCUCGAGGAUCUAUCCUUCACCGCCGGUGCAAAGGUUCAGGCCAGGGUUCCCAUGGUGAACCCUCGAGCCGAGAGGAUUCGUGCUGAAGAGGCCGAGCCCAGCGGCAGGCUCAGUCCCCUCAAGAGCAUUAAGGGUAGCAUCCGCCGCAAGAUGAGUUUUAGGGACAUGAACAGCGUGCGCAAGCAACCCAGCACCAGGGCACCUCCCACCCGAGGGGCCAACCGGGCAUCCUCGGUCCGCACCGCCAAGCGGCUCAGCAACUAUAAUUCUGUUAUCCCGCCCCCCGAACCCCUCAAUACCGACCCGGACAUGCACCCUUUGAAGCGACGCUUCGAGCCUGUGCUCCUCGAUCGAUAUCCAUCCCAGGAGGCGACCGACGAGGUCUUGCGACGGGGCAAGUUUCCCGACUAUGUGCCCAUGUUCGCUUUCCCCAACGAUAUCCAGAUUGUCUCGUCAGAUGACCGACCGCGCUCUACAUGGCACGGCUUUACCAUGACCUCCGACGAUAACUCCAAGUUGUACGGUAUUACCAUCAUUUUCUGGACUGCGUUGACCGCCGACGUUGCUGAGGAGGUGGAGAAGAAAUGUGAACAAUGGCGACAGGGUCACAUGUCUAACGAAGAGCGAGAGCUUGCGGCAAGCCUAGGAGUGCGACUAGCUGGCGAACGAACAUACCUCUCCCAGUUGCUUUCCAAGCUGCCCACCAUCCCAUCUGGCUCUCCAGCUCGAGAGCGACUCGAAGACGAAAUUAGUACGGUAGAGGAAAAGAUUUCUCUCAUGACCGAUAUGCUGAGGCCCCUGAGACAUGGCGCAGCGUCUAGAAUUGAAGGGCUCACAGCGGGCGAGAGUGGACUGUGGACGCCCCGCGCUUAUGGCGUUCUGGGCCGGGAUGCCGCCAAUAUGUCGUUCUGGAAGGAAUGGCUUAAGGCCAUCGUAACCCCCAUGACUGACGGUGGUGUUCUGAGGAUUCCCCCGAGCUCUCCCAAGGUUGGGCGCUGGCAGCCCCUAGAGCGAUACGUCGUCAAUUUGUGCACAGAGGCAUUCACCCCUCUGGGUUCUAAGACGCAGGUAGAGCUUGGCGUGCGAGAGUUGCGACUGUAUGCCCGCCAGGAGGCCCAUAACGAGCUCCCCGGCUCCAGAUCGAUCGAUCUGUAUGCCUUGUUCCGGUGCCUGUCACUCGAGAAUAUUGUGGCCCUUUUCGAGUAUGCAAUGGCUGAGUCUCGAAUCAUCUUCCUCUCCUCCCACACAAGCAUGUUGCACCUGGCCUGCCACGCCCUGGCCAACCUGUUGUAUCCUCUCAAGUGGGCAAGUAUCUUCAUCCCCGUGCUCCCCGCACGACUCAUCUCUGCCCUCGACGCUCCCUGCCCGUACAUUGUUGGAAUCGAGCGGCGGUAUGAGAAGAUUGAACUCCCCGAGGACGACUAUGUCUUGGUCGACCUGGAUAAGGACACCAUCGACGCGACCUCGCAACCGGUUCGUCUGCCGCGACAGGCCCGGCGGAAGCUCAUGUCUCUGUUGCAGGUAGCGGCCCCCCACAAGCUCCGAUAUGGUGUCACGACCGGCCCUCCACCCUACGCAAUGGAGUCUUACCCCUAUGACGCCUUCUCCAGCGAACAUGGAGCACUCUUCAGAUCUAGCACCGCUCACAGCACCUUGGCCAAAUGGGUGACGCAGAACUCUUCAGGCUUUGGGGAGCCAGAGGCCCAGGCUCAAAUCCAUAUCCCGGUCUUCAACGCGUUUGCGUCCGCCAAAGUAGAAAAUGGCCGGUCGGACAGGCCCAGCACGAGCAAGUCGGGCAAGACCAGCCCCCAGUCCUCCGUGUCACCUGUCUCGAUGAACUUCCCCCCAAUGCCUACGACUCCUGUCUCUCGCAGCGACUCGGGCUUCGCGCUCACGGCGACGCUCCGCGAGAAGCGAUCGGGUCAUUUCGGCGAAGAGAAGGCGCGGCGUAGCUCGUCGUUUGGGCUGGAUAAGCACCAGCCUUACCAUAAGCCCAGUCUUCCGUUCCUGAACGGCCACCAGGCUAAUAUGUCCAUCUCGGCCAUCUCGGUGGACUCCCAGUCGUCUUUCGGGGGUGGCUAUGCGCCAUCCACAUACGCCCAGUCCACCCUCGCCGCCUCGACUAUCAUGCCCAGCAUGCAGAUCCAGCCUGUCCGAAACACCGAGACCACCGUCUGGGUCGAGGGCCACUGCUUUAACUGGGCCGCGCAAGACCUGACGGCGACAUGCAGUGUUUGCAACGACCACUCUGAGGGAGAUGGCAUCUACAGAUGCACCGGCUGUAAGGCAACCUCCCACGGCAGGUGUCUCGGGUUCGUCUCGCUGGUGUGCGAUGACGCAUUCCACGCCGACCGUGUCAGAGCGGCCUUUGUCCGCUGCCUCGCAAGCCUGCUUUAUACGUACCGCAAGUACCUCGGCCGGCCAUCAAAGCAGCAGAAGAGUAACGGCCAGUUGUAUGCAUUCGACAUGGAUGGCUUCAUGAAGAGCCUUCCGCAUGAGCAACACGACUAUGCGGCUAUGAUGCGUGAGACACAAUGUUUCAAUGAAUUUAUCCACGAAAGAGAGAUGAAGUCCGCCACUGAUGCUUCAAUCCGUCUAUUUGACGAGAUCCUCAUGGCCAAGAAGGCUCGCGGCCGCAGCGGUUUGUCGACAGGCCUGUCAAGACUCUCCACCCUUCGUGCCUCGCACGGCGCCUCCCUCCAAGCUGGCCAUUUCGCUCCGCCUUCCCGCAACAGCAAGGUCCCACCCUACCUCGGCGACACUUCCGAUCACAUCUGGCGGACUGCCUCGGUGCCACUUCCCAAGGGUAGCUUCCCCGGCGAGUACCGCUCUGUUGUCACACGUGUCCCGGCUCGUCUGGACCGCUCCUUGAUGCGGGAGCCUCGGUCUAUCCAGGGUAUGCCCCGUGUCGAACAGCGCGGUGCUCGAGGCUUCAUCCGGAAGCAGGUGCCCAGCAUGCUCGGCACCACCCCGCCGACUUGAGAGUGUUGUAAGGACAAUUGGUGGCGAGCGGAAACUAGAGGACAUGAGAGUCUACCGAAAAACAACGAAUCGAGCCAUCCUCGAAACCGGGUGGGGGAGGCUACAAUGCACAUACUUAGCCUACCCCAUCCGAGAAAACGGGAGGGGUGGCGGAUGAAGAGGAGGCGACACACCAUAAGAAGGGAACCAUGUACGAUAUACUAUUUUUGUAAUCUAGGACGACGAGGCAUCGGAGGAAAGAGAGGAACAAAAAGGGCCAAGGUGUCCAGUUGGCGGAAUCACGAGACUGAGAGGGAAGCAAUCCCGGCCAGGAAUGGGUAUAAAGGAGA